AUGCGUCAUCAUUCCAGAGGUUACUAUUCAACCUCUUCUGGCAGUUCAGGCCCGAGAUCAGAUUACAGCACCAGCCCUGGAGAUACAGCAUCAAGCUACAGUUCAAAUUCUAGCUAUUGUCCGCCAUGCAAGCGGUAUUUCCGCUGUGAGACAUCUCUGGACCAGCACAUCCUCGCCAAGCAUCACGACACGUAUUGCUGGCGAUGCGACAGGCAUUUUAAUCAUGUCGCUGCUCUUGAACAGCACGUCGCCAAUUCGUACAAGCAUCAUGUCUGUACCCACUGCGAUCAUCAGCCCGACUACGAGACUGCACACGAUUUAAAUCAGCAUCUUGAAGAAUCUCACAAUGCUUGUCUGGAGUGCAACGAAUUAUUCUACGACGAAGAGGAUUUAAUUCAGCAUGAUGUAGAAGUCCACAAUCGAUGUCCCACAUGUCAAAGAUUCUUUGAUUCACCAUCCAACCUCAUCAACCACGAAAAAGUCCACUUGGAGAAAAAAAUGAAAUGUCUGGCAUGUCCAAGAAUGUUUAUUUCUAAUUCAGCCAUGAUGCUUCAUCUAGAGCAUGGCACUUGCGAAUCAGGCGCCAACCUCCGCGUUAUCAAGAACGUCGUGGCAGAUUGGUAUGAAGAGUACGGACCAGCCGGACAUCACCACGAAGACGACUUUCGAUGCGAAAACUGCGGUUCUCAUUUUAAUCGACUUAGUGCAUUGCUUCAGCAUGCAGAAAGUGAGACUUGCGAUGCUGCUGUGUGGGAUUUUUAUCGGAUCUUUGUUCAUAUUGAGUACAACCAGGACGCGUUUCAACUUUUUGACUACUGA